AUGUCCGAUUUUGCUAUAGACAUAGAAAAGACUAUAAAAGAUUUGAUCUCCAAUAAUAAAUACUUCCAGUUCUCUGCUGAUUGGUGUCCGGACUGUCAAUACACCAAUUCUAUUUGGACUAAAUUUGGUGUGACUGAAAAAAUGUUUAUUUUUGAUAUUGGUUCAUUUCCAAAAGCAGACCAAGAAAAAUGGAGAUCCACUUUUCAAGAAAUCACUGGCAGCAGAAACUUACCUACUAUUUUAGUGGAUGGUAAAAUCUGGGGUACUGAGAAAGAAUUGCAUAAUUUUGAAGAUAAUGGAACUUUAGAAGCUGAAUUGAAAAAGAUUGGUCUUUUAAAAUGA